AUGGGGGACGAAAAGAUCGUCCACGACAUGGUGCACUUCAAGACCUCCACCAACAAGCAUCCCCUGGGAGUCAGCAAAACUGUCGUAGGAGACAAGCCCAUCUGGGAGAACCCCAUGCAUCACUCAGUCUGGACCGACGAGGAGGUCAACGGAGUGAGGAAGACUCACAAGCCAAUAGAAGGCUUGGCAGACCGCCUUGCGUUCAGUGGAGUCAAGCUCUGCCGCUGGUCCUUCGAUACCUUCUCGGGCUUUCGCUUCGGCGAGCUCACGGAGUCCAAGGUCAUCAGUCGCAUCUGCUUCCUUGAGACAGUAGCAGCGGUACCAGGAAUGACAGCAGGAAUGCUCCGCCAUCUCCGAUCUCUUCGUCGCAUGGAUCGUGAUCAUGGAUGGAUCCACACGCUGCUCGAGGAGGCUGAGAACGAGCGCAUGCACUUGCUCACGUUUGUCAAGCUCAAGAAGCCCAGCUACGCUUUCCGCACAGCCGUCGUUGCUACCCAGGGGAUCUUUAUGAACCUCUUCUUUGUCGCCUACAUCGCCAGCCCUCGCUUUUGUCAUCGCUUUGUCGGGUACCUCGAGGAGGAGGCAGUCAAGACCUACACCGACAUCAUCCACGAGAUCGACAAUGGCAAGCUCAAGCACUGGCAGACCCAGCCCGCCCCUCAGAUUGCCAUCGACUACUGGCACUUGCGGCCGGAUGCGUCGAUGCGGGAUCUGAUGCUUGCGGUACGCAUGGACGAGGCAAACCACCGCGAUGUCAACCACACCUUCGCAAGCCUUAAGAAAAACGAGAUCAAUCCCUACGUCCAGGCGCAUGCUGAAGAGACCGCAGCUUCCCGCGCAAUCCCAUCGAAUGCUUGA